AUGGCGGCGUCGCUGGCUCUGUCAUUUCCUCCCGCCGCUAAAACGCCGUCGUAUUUGGCCUCAUCUUCUUCGACUUUCUUCUCCUCUUGCUCUUCUCUCUCCUUCAGGACCUCUCUCUAUCGCUCCCGAAACUCUGUCUCCGCUUCUGUUAAAUGCGAUCUUCCCGAGUCAGUGAAUGUGGGAAACGGGAAUCCAAGUAUCCCAAUCAUUAACGAGAGGACACUUCCAAACUUCUUGGAAUCAGCUCGGAUGGAGAAAUCAGCCAACAGAAACAACUCAAGGCUGAAGCUGUUCUCCGGCACUGCAAAUCCAGCGCUUGCUCAGGAAAUUUCUUGGUACAUGGGCCUGGAGCUUGGCAAGAUCAACAUCAAGAGAUUUGCUGAUGGAGAGAUCUACGUCCAGCUGCAAGAGAGCGUUAGAGGAUGCGACGUCUAUUUGGUGCAGCCUACUUGCACUCCCACGAACGAGAACCUCAUGGAGCUUUUGAUUAUGAUUGAUGCUUGCAGAAGAGCAUCUGCCAAGAAAGUCACUGCCGUGAUUCCGUAUUUUGGAUACGCAAGAGCUGACCGGAAGACACAAGGGCGUGAGUCCAUUGCGGCCAAAUUGGUUGCUAAUCUCAUUACUGAAGCUGGUGCAGAUCGAGUUCUUGCUUGUGAUCUUCAUUCAGGACAGUCGAUGGGUUACUUUGACAUUCCAGUCGACCAUGUUUACUGCCAGCCGGUGAUACUUGAUUAUCUUGCUAGCAAGUCAAUAUCCUCGGAGGAUUUGGUUGUGGUUUCUCCUGAUGUUGGUGGAGUAGCCAGGGCACGCGCUUUUGCGAAGAAGUUAUCAGAUGCGCCACUUGCCAUUGUCGAUAAAAGGCGUCAUGGACACAAUGUUGCUGAGGUCAUGAACCUGAUUGGUGAUGUUAGAGGGAAGGUUGCAGUAAUGGUUGAUGAUAUGAUUGAUACUGCUGGAACCAUUGUGAAAGGAGCAGCUUUGUUACACCAAGAAGGUGCUAGGGAGGUCUAUGCGUGCUGCACUCACGCUGUUUUCAGUCCACCUGCGAUAGAGAGAUUAUCAGGGGGUUUGCUUCAAGAAGUGAUAGUGACAAACACAUUACCAGUAGCAGAGAAGAAUUACUUCCCGCAGUUGACGAUUUUAUCGGUGGCUAAUCUUCUUGGUGAGACGAUUUGGCGUGUCCAUGAUGAUAGCUCCGUCAGUAGCAUUUUCCUUUGA